AAAUACCACGUGUCUUGCACCGGCCCUAUGCUGUUGCGGAGAACACGCUUCCAUUGAGCUGCAUGAUCAUAGCUGUAAGAUGGCGGCGCGGUGGGGAGUUGGCGAGGAGAGUUUAACCACCGGCAAUAUGGAAUUUUUCACGACAUAUUCCCUUGAGGAGGGCCACCUGUCUGGGGAGGGCAGCGGCCUGACCCUGGAUGCCCGGCUGGACUCUGCUGAUGGGCUGGAGCCCUUCCACAGCUGCCUGGAUCCAUCAAUCCUGUCAAUCUUUGAGGACUCUGUUACAACUGGAGAGGCGAGAGGCCGAUUGGAAGAGGAGAGUGAAGCAACGCUUCUCACGGCUCUUACGGAAAUACUCGACAAUGUUGACGACGAGAACCUGUCCCCCUUUGACACUCUCCCGGACUCGGAGCUGUUCUCUGGCCAGAGGGGUCGCGAACCGUCUCCGCUGAGAAGGCUCUUGACUCUGGCCCGGUCACCUCCUGGCAGAGAACCUGUACGCAGCCCCAAAUCUCCCACCCCUACCCCGGCAAAGUUGGAGAAAGUCUCUGUGGAGUGGGAUCAGAAGACCAGGGCACCUCUGAGGGUGCCAGACGUUGCUCUCCAGAGGAGCGACGGUGAGGAGGAAGAGGAGGAAGGGGCCGGGAGCCUAACACCGAGUUCAGAGGGUCCCUCUUCCCCCGACAGCACAGAAGCAGGAGGUCUGCUGUCCCUGGACCAGGAUGGGAGGUGUGUGGCCAUGUCCCUGAGCGACCUCGUGAAGCACAUGCACACGUACUGCCUGGAGGUCAGCCUGGAACCGGGAGAGGGCGACGGGCUGCUGCCGGAGGGGGCCAUCGUGCUGGAGGUGGUGGACCAAGGCGAGGAAGGGGAGCCGGUCUUGGCGGUGACGUCGUCCCUGGGCCUAAUGGAGGCUCUGACUGCAAAUGAGGAAGCAAUGCCCCAGCAGGAGGAGGAGGAGGAGGAGCAGCAGGUGGGGGGAUCGUCUUCUUCGGCGAAGGAGAACCGGUCCCUCCCAGCCCCUGUUCCGGAGGCGAACGACGAUGAGAAUGUGAGUGAGGAGCGGCCCAGGGUGGAGGCGUUUGGGAAAUACCCCACGGGCCGCAAAAAGAAACGGAAAAGUGACGAGGGUGGCGGUCCGGUCCCUGAAGGGCGAGUCCUUAGGAGCGCAUCGCUUGCUUUGGUGCAGGGGGGUCCCACCGUGCCCCAGGAAACGGGCCUCAAAAGGAAAGCCAUGCCCGGGACGAAGAAGAAGAGGGUGUCCUUCGCACCUGUUUUGACGUCUUUCCUUGAGUCACCAGUCGACAGCGGGUGUGGGAGUGAAAGUGUGGAAGCCCCAGCAUUGGAAAAGCAGCAGCCUAUUUUGGAAGACUGCAAGUUGGCUCCCGCACCCGCGCCAAUGUUGCCAGAGAUUGACAUGCAGCCUUGCGAGGCACCCUCCAUCCAGAAGGAGGCGCCAGUAUCCCAGCCUCUUGAGCCCAAGCAGGUGGCACUAUCUCAGCCUGUUGAUCCCGAGGAGGUCCCAGUAUCUCAGGCUGUUGAUCCCAAGCCCAAGCCCCUCAGCCUUCAGCAGUACCGGCUCCUGCGGCAGCAGAAGAAACCAGCUCCAGUAGUGAAGCAGGAGGACCAGAGCACCAAGUGGCCCUCCCUGCCUGAACCCCCAACCGAGCUGCUCCCCAUCCCCUGCCUGGUGGAGCCCCAGCCACAGCUGGCCUCCAAGACCACCACCCCUCCCACGGAGCCGGUCUGGCAGCCUGUGGGCACCGAGGCCCCGCCUACUCCCCAGGCCCUCCUGAUCCCUCUCGCAUCACUGGGCUCCGCCAGUAAGGCCGCUGCCACUCCUGCGAAGCCUGCGUCGGUCCCCAAGACUCCCGAGGUGCCUCAAGGCCCAAAUCCACCACGCGAGCCCUCCGCUCCGCUGUCCCAGAAGCUGGUCGAGCCCAGCUCUUGCAAGCCACUGGAGCCCUCACGCCGAAGCCCCCCUCCAAUCUCCGAAAGAGCGCAGUCUAACGGGAACGCACCCACACAGGGCGUCAGCCACCGCCAGGGGAACCAGGAAGUGAAACUUCAGCAGCCCCGCCCUUCCACAGGGACAGUACAGCUCAGUGCCGUUGGAGUCAGGCAUCAGGCACAGCAUGCGCCUCCACUUCAGGCCUCUAUUCAGACACCCAAGUUACAGGCCAUUCCCAUUCCCGGGACGAAGGCUGUCCCAGCCCAGCAAACAGCUGCCCCUGCCCCCAGCCCUACCCCAGCCUUUGGCCCCUCUGCCCCAGGGAGGCCCCAGCGUGCAGCCCAGAAGAGGCUGUCCCCUGUCCAGAUGCUCAUGUCAGGAAAGAGAAACCCCAGGGCCAGCCAGGAUUCAACAAGUGAGAUUGGAAUUGAAGCCACUGAUCUAACAAGCCUACUUGAGCAGUUUGAAGAGACGCAAGCCAAAGAGGAGCAGAGGGUGCCAGUGCUCUGUAACAGAGCAGCUGCUGUAGGAAGCUCCAGUUUGGAGAGGCAACCGGACAAAAAGCCACUGGAGCGUCCACGCGGACCUGACCUAGGGAGCACCGCUGGCCUCACCCCCCCGGCCACCCCUCCGCACCAGGUCUGGAAGCCCCUGACCCCCGUCACCCUGCUGGGGAAGGCCAAACAAGUCGAGGGCGCAAAACCGUCGCCUUCCAAGGCGGCGCAAGACAUCAGCCCCCAGCUGCCAACGGAGGGCAGAGCGGCCAACAGGUCCCCAACAAGUGCCACUACCCCCUUCACCCCAAAACCCGCGGCCCUCAAGGAGCCGUCGGCUUUCACUGAUCACGACUACUGCCUGCCCACGGAGAAGAAGGCCGCCGAACCCCCGGAGGGCCAAUGUCAUAGCGGGAAUCCGCAACCAGGCCCCGCCAUCAAAGCCACCCCUCGCACAAUGGAGACCCAGCGCGUUGCCACCGUGACCCUGAGCAACGCCAUGCCCGUGUCCGCGCCGGCCAAGUUUGUCAGCCAGCCGCUGGACCACAGGACUCUGACGGGUUCCGUCCUGCUGUCCCCUGACAGCUCCCCCUGCAGGCCGGAGGCUGCCCCUGCCCUGAGUGUAGAGCAGCCCAAAAACCAAAGUGGGGGAGCCCUCCGCUACUCGGAGAGCCCCACUAGCCCUCGGGGCAGAGAGAGAGGCAGAACGAGGAGGCAGUAUCGCGGGCGGUCCUCCAGCUCUGAGUCCAGCAGCUCCGGGUCCAGUUCGCGGUCGUCCUCCAGGUCCCGGUCCCGGUCCAGCUCCGGGUCGACCUCAGGGUCUAGAUCCCAGUCCGAUUCCAGGUCUCCUCCCCGAAAGAGGUUCCGCUCCCGUUGCUCUGAGAGCAGUUCCAGCGGUUCCUCCCGCUCCAGCUCGCACUCUCCUCCGUGCCACCGGUACUCCUACUCCAGCUCACGCUCCCGGUCCUGGAGCCGAUCCCGCUCACGCUCCUGCUCCCCGCCAGACCCGCGCCGCCAGUGGUGGACGGGGAACCGCAGCCCGAGCUACACACGCAGAUAUCACUACAACCCCAGGGAGUGCUACCAGUGGCAGGAUGUAAAGGAUCGCAAGGAGAAGGCCAUAGAAGAGCGUCGAGUGGUGUACGUGGGAAAGAUCCGGGGCGGGAUGACUCGCAAGGAGCUAAAGGAACGCUUCUCGCAGUACGGGGAGAUCGAGGAGUGCACCCUGCACUUCAGAGACUUUGGGGACAACUAUGGCUUUGUGACGUACUACAGCACGAAGGACGCGUUCAACGCCAUCGAGAACGGCAGCAAGCUGCGCCAGUCCGACGAGCUGCCCUUCGACCUCUGCUUCGGAGGGCGCCGGCAGUUCUGCAAGUCCAACUAUGCUGAUCUUGAUUCCAAUCGGGAUUACGACCCAGCACCUACUAAAAGCAAGUAUGAGGCACUAGACUUUGACACUUUACUUAAACAGGCCCAGAAGGGACUGAAAAGGUAACAGGAAAUGCCGGAACAGGAACAGGAAGAGGAGAGCUAACCAUGCAAUUUACCUCAGAGCUGCAAUGUGGGCUCACACCUUCAGGCACUGCCUGUUCCCCCCCCCCCCCCCCCCCUCUCCCCCCUUAAUGUUUCUUUUACAAAGCUUACACCUUCUAUUGAAGUGGAAAAUUUGUAAGAAAACCCUAAAUGGUAUGAAAAAAAACUGAAUAAAGUAAUAAUAAAAAAUAAAAAAAAACACUUAAAAUGCUAUUGAAGAGUUUUUAAGAAUGAAAUUAUUUAAGGAUUUGCAUUUGAUAAUUUGCAUUCCGAGAAUGGUAUGCAAGUCUCGUCUUGUUAAAUAAAGUAAAAAUUUAAAAAAAGAAAUACUUUAAGUUGGGAAAAAAAUGGAAAUGAUCCUGCAUAUGGUGGAAAGGGGGUUUUGCAAAAGUGUAUUGCAAAACAUAAAUAAAAAAAGUCUGAAAAGUUA